AUGCCUCUGGAACGACAUUACAUCCUCGCUGCUCUGAAAGAGAGGUGUGGGGUUACUGUGGAGGACGACAUUCCUAUCGGGAUGAUGAACCUUUCUGGAGUGCGGCCCUUCGGCAUCAUCGAGAUCGAGGAGGAGACGGCCAACAUGUUCAACAUGCAGGUUGACAAGUGUAUGGGUAUGACGGUGGAUGGCCUGCUGGGUUCAAAGACCGGCUCCUGGAUCUUCUCCAGCGCCAUCAACCUCGCCCUGGCGAACCCUCUGACCAUCGUCACCUUCACCAUGUCUUGUCCCGAGUGCACCAUCAGCGACUCGCUCUUCUUUCAGCUGCAUUACCGCCCUGCCGCCAAGGGCAAGAUCCACGAAAGGCACAUACACGUGCAGUUUAUUGCGCUCGGGCACGUCUUCAAAGGGUUCCUUGCUCCGCAAGUGAAGGCGAUCUGA